UCAACUCGGUGACUCGCUACAAUCAGUUACGUGGCAAUUUAUGUUUAGCUUUCAUCAGUAAUUAUCAUGUUCCGUGAGAACACCGGAUUGCCGUCCUCAAGCCUCUCUCUGAACUGGGGUUUUUGCUUGUCCUCCUUACACUUGCAACAAAACCCUUGCUGAAACAAAAACCCUAUGCAGCACCUGGAUGAACUUAACAGCGUUGGAUGAGUAACAAACCGCUAAGACCCAGGUAAUUUCUCAGUCUGCCAAUUUCUUGAAAAUCUUUUUUGGUCAUUUUGGUUGAAACUAUCAAGCGGUAUCUUUACUCAAUCUGGUUCGGAUAAAGCUUUUAUGCGACUGGGUUAUCUUUAUUUAAUGGGCACCUCUCAAUUCGAUUUCGCACGGACUUUUAUGCUCUGUGCAUUUAUAAAUGCCAAUAUGUUGGUGGGUUUAUUGGAUCAAUUCAGUACUGCACCUUUACAGAUAUAAUGGGUUCAAUAGAUUCGAAAAAUGAACACUGUUUCUCUUUUUAGUGCAAGGAUGGUUCAUAAAUUUUCAUAUAUUUCUUUCAUUUCGAGAAAAUUAUGUGACUAUAGUUUUGAUAGUGAUACAAAUGAUAAUGGGUUCCUACACAUUGAGGAAACCUUGAUGAGAGAAUGGAGAAGUCCAGAUUUCAAUUCAUAUGGAUAUGGAAGCCGAAAUGAGGAUCAUUUAUCUCAGCGGUUGCGCUUUUUUCAGAAUGUUAGGGCCGAUGCUGCAAGAAUUAUUGACAUUCUACGACGAGAUGGCCCUGGAUUCGAUGCAAAAACAGCUCUAAGUGAGUUGCAUGUAAGGGUUUCGGGGCUUCUUGUGAGAGAAGUCCUUGUGGGAAUUUUGAAGAACAUAAGCGAUGAGAAUAAAACAAGGUGUGCAAAAUUAGGAUAUAAGUUUUUCGUGUGGUCUGGUCAGCAGAAAAAUUACAGUCACACAGUAAAUGCAUAUCAUUUAAUAAUGAAGAUAUUUGCUGAUUGUGAUGAAUUUAAAGCAAUGUGGAGAUUGCUUGAUGAGAUGAUUGAGAAUGGAUACCCAACUACAGCACAGACGUUUAACUUAUUGAUAUGUACCUGUGACGAGGCAGGUUUGGCUAGGAAUGUGGUUGAGAGAUUCAUUAAAUCAAAAAAAUUCAAUUAUAGGCCUUUCAAACACUCUUACAAUGCAAUCCUACAUUCACUUCUUACAAUUCAUCAGUACAAGUUGAUUGAGUGGGUGUAUCAACUAAUGUUAGUUGAUGGUCAUUCUCCAGAUAUUUUGACUUACAAUAUUAUUAUGUGUGCAAAGUUUAGAUUGAGGAAGUUGCAUCAAUUUUAUAAAUUGGUUGAUGAAAUGUGUAGUAGUGGAUUGUCCCCAGAUUUUCAUACUUAUAACAUAUUUCUCCAUGUUCUCGGUAAAGGGAAUAAACCAGUUGAAGCUGCUAAGCUUUUGAUUUAUAUGAAGAAAGUUGGUUUUGAUCCUAGCGUCCUUCACUUCACUACAUUGAUAGAUGGAUUGAGUAGGGCUGGGAAUUUAGAUGCCUGCAAGGAUUUCUUUGAUGAGAUGAUAAAAAAUGGAUGUAAACCAGAUGUUGUUUGUUACACUGUAAUGAUCACAGGAUACGUAGAGGCAAGGCAGCUUGAAAAGGCUCAGGCAAUGUUUGAUGAGAUGACUGACAGGGGGCAGUUGCCCAAUGUAUUUACCUAUAAUUCACUGAUUCGUGGACUAUGUAAUGAAGGGAAGUUUGAGGAGGCCUGCUCCAUGCUCGAGAAAAUGGAAUCUAGAGGAUGUAAUCCCAAUUUUCUUGUGUACAGUACCUUAGUGAGCAAUUUGCGUAAUGCUGGAAAGCUUUCUGAAGCUCAUGAAGUAAUAAAACAGAUGAAGGAGAAGGGGCAAUACAUCCAUCGUAUUUAAGUUGAAGGGAUAUAAAUUUGCUAAGCAAUUACAGGGAAUUUGAACUGUAUAAUGCUCAGAGAUUUGGCUCAGUGUAAUUGGGAUACAAUAGAAAGCCACCUUCUGCCUUCCCCAAGUAAAGUGAUUCGUUGAGAAUUCAUGUGGAGCAACUAGUAAGCUGUAGUUGGGUGUAUCAUCUACUUCUCAUAAAGCUCUUGCUUUGCAGUCCAAAUUCCUGUGUACUAACUGUACUGAGGUAUGAUAUCUUAGUCAUCAGAAUGUUUCUGACCUUAACAUCUUUCAUCAUGAUGAUUUGAUUAAUUGUAUCAGUAAAUCUCCACCAGCUGAAGAUAAAGUUGUUUGUUACUGGAAAUGAAUUUUGAAAUUCUACUAUUAUGUUGUGCAUUUUUGGUGAUUUUCUUCAGAGGUAUUGAUGGAACAGUUGCUUUCAAAUUAAGCAAUAAACCAAUUGGCAUGAAUUGAUAAAUAUCUAGAGAAAGUGAGUGCUCUUUUGAAGCAUUUAGAUAAUUUCUGUUCUUCUAGAAUCCACCAAACCACUUCUUCCAAUGCAUUGUACACGUAGAAAAUUGUUUAGCCUUUUGAUUAGGAAACAAUACCAUUACAGAAACAAUGUUAAACUUUUUUGGCAUUGCCACUUCAUGUGAAAUAUUAAAAGUAAUAAUAUGGGUUAUGCAGACCCCUGGGAAAAGUUUAAGAUACAUUGCUUUUGUUACUAUUUUUAUUUUUAGUUUUAAUUCUACCCUGACUGGUACAUAAUACCUGCUAGUGGAGGCUGCUAACAGUUAUUAAAUACUGUUGCCAUUUGUCAGCUUUAUGCCCGAUUCUUAAUGAGCUAGAUUUCUGUCAUUAGAUCAUAAUUUUAUUUUUUAGUGUGUAGUUACGUACUAGAAAGGUCAAGAAAUGCAGGUAAAAGUUCGCAAUUGAAUGUUUAAGGAUGCACUUUGGCAUGCCAUCAACGUGAUCUAUCUCCUUUGAGAAGUGCAAAAGUGGGGUGUUUGAACAAUCUAGAUCAUAAGCCUCCUUUUGCUGCAGUUUGGCUGGUUGGUUGCAUAAUUGAAUUUUGUAAGUUGUUUCUAAACUUCAGCACGAUAACUGCCAAAUCUCUUUUCUCCAUUGUUUAUGGAUUUCUGUGCUUUUUCAGUAUUUCUUCUAUUAAUUACUUUUAUUUUUCUUUAAAGUAUUCCUUUGUUGAUUCUUCUUCUACUUGGAUAUUACGUCUUUUUAUGGAUCAGUAAUGAUUUGCUGUUGUCAUUAUGUGAUCGACUUUGAGAAUUUUUCACAAUUAGUAUUUAUCUGUUUUGAGGUUGAGAUUUUGGGAGUGGAAUACUUCUGCCCCAUUUUCCACUGUGAAAUGUGAGCAGGGGCUAAGAGGAUCUAUGAAUGCCUGUUCAUGUUAUUUUGAAUCUGAGAACUAUGAUAAAUGGAGAUCUUUUGAUUUUUGGGAGAUGGAAUCCUAGGUUCCAAAUUCUGCACUUGAACUCUGUGAAAGCAACUGAAGGAACAUUCUAAUUUUCCCAUGGGCUGUGUGAAAAGGUUUGUGGUCAGCACGUAUGGGGAAGCUAAGGAACUGAGCAUGGUUCCCGUUUCAUUUGAAGUCAGAAGUGGAAUCUGAAAGCUUCAUCUUGGUCUCUGAAGGUCCAAAGCUGAGCUCGUAAGCUGCUUCAGUUUAUAGUUUUGGUCUCGUAGCCUCAAAAAUGUCUGCUACCAUAACAAAAGGAAGCUGAUGGAAUUACUUUUCCACUAUCUUUUUUGUUUCGUUUCAUUUAUGGUAUAGCAUGGGCUGAUUUGGCACUCCAAAAUGACUAUGGGUGUACGGGGAUGACGUGGUACAAAAGACCAUGAAUAUGAGACGUAUGCUGCUGACAUGGAUAAAUGACAUGGCAAAAGAAAAGAAAAUACUUGUAUAUUAUGCCUCGUGAAUCGUGAUGCCAAAAGAAAAAGAAGAUGGGGUUCUCUUAGUAGUGCCGCAAGUCUUCUAUCCAUCAGUCCCUGAUAUUGUUAUUUUUAUCUUUUUGUCAUUUUGCUUGGAGGGGAAUAGAAAUCAUGCAUUCAGUGGCCAAGAAUUUGAAAAUUAGUCCAUACUUUUACA